AUGUCGGCUGAUAGAAGAAAAGAAAAAAAAUUCAAAAGAGAUUUGACAAAUGUAACUCAUAUACACAAACAGAUUAACAAACCCGACACAAUCCUUACACAAUUUCAUAUAGAAGAAACUUACAAGCAUUCGGUACUUAGACUUGCUGGUUCCAAAACUAUUGUGACUGAUGAUCUGAAAGAUGAAUAUUUUAAGAAAAAAACUAUCAAUGCAAUGAUCUCUCUUUUGAAAGGUGCAGUCAAUAAAAUUAAUGGAACUCAUCAGCAACCUGGUUCUAAUUUACUAGCCAUGAUGGGUCAAGGACCUUUGCGUAAAGCAAAAGAUACUGUUGGUAUUUAA